GCAAAUAUUGCAAGGUUCACUGGACGAAUCUUCGUGACUCAUUCAUGAAGUACCUGAAAAAGAUGAAGGAACACAAGCGAAGUGGGUCCAAGGCAACGAAAAUAAGAGAAUACAGAUAUGCACAACAGAUGUCUUUCCUUCUGCCUUUCCUGCAAACUAGGCCAACUUCUUCAAAUGUGACAGCUGCUGAGAGCAGUGAUGAAGAAGCAGAUAGUAUAAGAUUCACUUCAUAUUCUGCUUCUCCAUCUGAUUCUUCGUUGGCUAGUGCUACACCUUUGCGAUCACCGUCGCCAACCACCAUUGAUGAAAGAUGCAUCACACCAUCACCAUGCGUCUCAACAAAAGCGUGCAAGCCUAGUAAAAGGAAAAGGGCCGACGAUGAUGUGUCUAGAGUUAUGAAUUUCCUACAGCAGCGCCAGGAAGCCAAAAAUAAGAAGUCUCCGAGAAAAGAAAAAAGUGAUAUCGAAACGUAUUUUUAUUCAAUGGGGCAAACUUGCCAAAAUAUGCAGCCAAAAUACCAGAGAAUGUUUAAAAGAAAAGUGUUCGAUGCUUUGUCUUCGGUUGAAGAUGAGAUUGAGGUGACGAGU